AUGCCUUCUCUGGAUGAUCUUUCGACUCUCAUACUUCGCGAGGACCAAGAACACCCCAGAUCCGAGGAAGAUUCCCAAGGUCUAUUCCAGCAAGUAUACGAAUGGCUACACCAUGAGAAAGCCAGACGACAGAAUCGUAAAGUACGCAAAGCCGAAGCAACCUCCCAUGCGACAAACGAGAACGAGUCAACCGAAGAGAACGCCGUUUUAGAAAGACCUAGCUCGAACACCUCGAACACCUCGGAGAACACCUUUUCCCUGGAUAAACUGGAAAGAAUCCUCCUCCAAUAUGCGACUGCCCGACCUAGAAGUGCACUGGGCUCCCACAGACAACCUGUCAAACGGCAGUCUCGGCAUCGUCUUAGAGGCUUGAGAAGAGGCUCGGCCUCCGAGUCUGAACUCACAGAUGCCGACGGGGCCCCGCCAAGCGUGGAAGCUUCCCUGGAUAAUACAAAGACGCUUGCGUACACCGGUGGCGCUGCAGUAGAAGAGAACACUGACUCCAGCGCGAGUGUGAAACAAGGAAAGGAUGCCGAGGCUUGGGUGGUUUUCAAGUCCGAGAUCGUACGUCUUGUACACACUCUGCAGCUGAAGGGCUGGCGCAGGGUUCCCGCGGAUUUGGCGUCAGAGAUUGAAGUGGUCAGGCUCAGCGGUGCCCUCACGAACGCCGUGUAUGUAGUUGCGCCGCCCAAGAAUCUGCCUCCUUCAAAGACCGAUAGCAACAGUCUGGUUUCAAGGAAGCGCCCACCGAAGCUUCUCUUGCGUAUCUACGGUCCUCAAGUCGAUCAUCUAAUCGACCGAGAGAAUGAGCUGCAAAUUCUUCGUCGUCUCGGAAAGAAGAAUAUUGGCCCACGCAUUCUCGGAACCUUCACUAAUGGCCGGUUCGAAGAGUACUUUGAGGCUCGCCCACUCACUCCCAAGGAGCUGCGGAUGCCUGAAACGGCGAGGCAGGUUGCCAAGCGGAUGAGAGAAUUGCAUGAUGGCGUUGAACUUCUUGAAGAAGAACGCGAAGGCGGACCUAUGAUCUUCAAGAACUGGGAUAAAUGGGUGGACCGUUGCGAGCAAGUGAUGAACUGGCUGGAUAAAGAAAUCGAAUCCCCUCAAAACGAGGCCAAAGCCGCAUCGGAACCAUGGCGUCGCCGCGGCUAUGUCUGCGGCGUAAUGUGGGACGUGUUCCGCAAAGCCGUGGAUAACUACCGACUUUGGCUGGUUAACAGCUCUGGUGGAAUGGCCGAGAUCAAGCGACAGCUAGUGUUUGCGCAUAAUGAUACUCAAUAUGGCAAUCUACUUCGCAUGGAGCCGGCCACAGAGUCACCGCUGCUUUUGCCUGCAAAUGAACAUAAACAGCUGAUCGUCAUCGACUUUGAGUACUCUUCGGCCAAUACACCUGGACUCGAGUUCGCCAACCACUUUACCGAGUGGUGUUACAACUACCACGACGAAGAGCGCUCAUGGGCUUGCAACAACCGCAACUACCCAACAUCAGAGGAGCAGUACCAUUUCGUGUCGACCUACCUCACCCACCGACCUUCCAGCGCAGGCGGACUUAUCUCACCUCUAUCCUCGCCGACCAUUCGCGCUCGCCCUCCUGUUGCGCUCGCACCAUUGGACUUGGACGAGGGUUCGGAUAGACCCAGCUCUCGGCUUUCCCAAAAUGAGCAGUCUAAAGAGGCUGAACUCGACGCCGAGGUACGAUUCCUCAUGAAGCAGACCCGGAUGUGGCGGGCGAUGAACUCCGCGCAGUGGGUAGCUUGGGGUAUCGUCCAGGCCAAGGUGCCUGGCAUGGAAGAAGGUAUUGCUGAGAUGCUCGCUGCUCGUAACGGGCCAAGCGACGGCAAUGACGAUGACACUAAGACGCCGGCUGUGGUCGAUAUCGAAGAAGAAGAUGACGGGGACUUUGACUACCUGGCUUACGCACAGGACCGAGUCAUGUUCUUCUGGGGUGAUCUGCUGUCACUGAAUCUGAUCAAACCAGAGGAACUGCCCGCGCCUUUACUGGAGCACAUAAAGUCGCGGCUUGUCACAUACUAG